GGAAAGGAUCUGUAAAUGUGUUGCACGCACGCACUGAGGUAGCAAGUGGUAGAAUGCAGGAGACUGUUGCCAUCUUAUCUUAGCUCUUAUGAUGCGAAAAUCGAUAUCUGUUACAGUGAAGUUUUCGGCUAUCUGACUGACCUUUGCGCGUCAGCGAAAUUGAGUGGUGUUGCCGCGCUGUGAUGAUCCUUUUUUUUUGUGUGUGUGCUAUAUGCGUGUGAGGACCGUUGACUCGGAUGCUGGGGUAACAGUGUGGUGUGGCAAGUAGGUACACCCUGUUCGCCCGUUGACCCCCAUAAACACAUGAAAAUCGUAGUGCCUCAAGACUUCAAGAAUAGUCAAGUCUGAACAAAAUUGUACACCUGAACAGUAACCCUUUAGGAUUUUGCCAUUUGAUGUCUUCUAUCAUAUCUUUGCCAAAACCAGACCAUCUGACAUAAUCGCCCUUGUGACUCAGCGAUCACAUUUAUCUAGCUCUAUAUCAGAUGAUCUGGUUACAUUUUUAUCCAUCAUCUCUAUGUCUAUGUGAACUUGUGAAGUAGAUAUAUAGAUUUUUUUUUCUUUUGAUAAAAGAUGAUAUCUUUUUACGGGUUUAUUUGGUAGAACUAUAACUUCUAGAUUCUGGUGGAAAAUAGGGCUAACUCCAGCUUUAAAUUUUUAAGAAUCAUAUAUUCCUCUUACUCUUAGGCCAGCGUUCAAUGUCCACUCUAGCUGUGCAAUUUGCAGUGUAUCACCUUUCUCCCCAACAAGGCCACCAGCCACCGUUCCCGGCAGCCGCCGCCCGGCCCCUCGUUGCCGACAUGGUCCUGCACCCACUUCGCUCGCGCGCGCGCGCGCGCCGCCGGCGCCUAUAAAUCGCAACCCCACCCCGGCCUCACCCACCACCUCGCACUUGCAUUGCAGAAUUCGCACAUGCAUCUACGUGCAUAGGUCACAGCCUCCUGCUGCUGCUGCACACUGCUUGCUGUGUGUUGCUGAGCCGUGCACUCUGUGUUGCCAGCUGAUCAGCUGAGACCAUGGGGGAGAACGUGGUUGGCACGUACUACUACCCGCCUUCGGCGGCCGCCAUGGACGGCGUGGAGCUCGGCCACGCCGCCGCCGGCUCCAAGCUCUUCGACGACGACGGCCGCCCCAGGCGCAACGGGACGAUGUGGACGGCGAGCGCGCACAUCAUCACGGCGGUGAUCGGCUCCGGCGUGCUGUCGCUGGGGUGGGCCAUCGCGCAGCUCGGCUGGGUGGCCGGGCCGGCGGUCAUGGUGCUCUUCUCCCUCGUCACCUACUACACCUCAUCCCUCCUCUCCGAUUGCUACCGCUCCGGCGACCCCGUCACCGGCAAGCGGAACUACACCUACAUGGACGCCGUGAACGCCAACCUGAGCGGGUUCAAGGUGAAGAUCUGCGGGUUCUUGCAGUACGCCAACAUCGUCGGCGUCGCCAUCGGCUACACCAUCGCGGCGUCCAUCAGCAUGCUGGCGAUCGGGAGGGCCAACUGCUUCCACAGGAAGGGGCACGGCGACCCGUGCAACGUCUCCAGCGUGCCCUACAUGAUCGUCUUCGGCGUCGCCGAGGUCUUCUUCUCGCAGAUCCCCGACUUCGAUCAGAUCUCCUGGCUCUCCAUGCUCGCCGCCGUCAUGUCCUUCACCUACUCCGUCAUCGGCCUCAGCCUCGGCAUCGUCCAAGUCGUCGCGAACGGAGGGUUGAAGGGAAGCCUGACCGGGAUCAGCAUCGGCGUGGUGACGCCGAUGGACAAGGUGUGGAGGAGCCUGCAGGCGUUCGGCGACAUCGCGUUCGCCUACUCCUACUCGCUGAUCCUCAUCGAGAUCCAGGACACCAUCCGGGCGCCGCCGCCGUCGGAGUCGGCGGUGAUGAAGCGCGCCACGGUGGUGAGCGUGGCGGUGACCACGGUGUUCUACAUGCUCUGCGGCAGCAUGGGGUACGCGGCGUUCGGCGACGACGCGCCGGGGAACCUCCUCACCGGGUUCGGCUUCUACGAGCCCUUCUGGCUCCUCGACAUCGCCAACGCCGCCAUCGUCGUCCACCUCGUCGGCGCCUACCAGGUGUUCUGCCAGCCGCUCUUCGCCUUCGUCGAGAAGUGGGCGGCGCAGCGGUGGCCGGAGUCGCCGUACAUCACCGGGGAGGUGGAGCUCCGCCUCUCGCCGUCGUCGAGGCGGUGCAGGGUGAACCUGUUCCGGUCGACGUGGCGCACGGCGUUCGUCGUCGCCACCACGGUGGUGUCCAUGCUGCUGCCCUUCUUCAACGACGUGGUCGGCUUCCUCGGCGCGCUCGGAUUCUGGCCGCUCACCGUCUACUUCCCCGUGGAGAUGUACGUGGUGCAGAAGAAGGUGCCACGGUGGAGCACACGGUGGGUGUGCCUGCAGAUGCUCAGCGUCGGCUGCCUCGUCAUCUCCAUCGCCGCCGCCGCGGGCUCCAUCGCCGGCGUCAUGUCGGAUCUCAAGGUUUACCGCCCGUUCAAGGGUUACUGAUAACUGAUCGGAUCACGUACGCACCCAGAACGACACGUCAAAAAAAUCAAAAUUGCCCUUCUCGUAGAAGGAAAACCAAAUUCACUUCACACGAUUAAACCCAAAACGAAAAAAAAGGAGCAGUGAUCAGACGCUAAGGGAAAAAAAAGUGUAAGUGCGUGUCACUGUUGAUGUACUGUAAAAGAUAAUUUAUGAAGGAAAAAGAUAAGGAAAUGGAAGUGCCUCUCUGUACUAUGAA